AGGGCCACCGGCUACCACAUGAGCCUCGUUCUCUUUGGGGUCCUCACUCCAGCCUCACUCUGCUGGGGUGUACGUGGACCACAGGCAUAUCCGUGUCACAGGCCCCCAUGGACCCCCUGAGGCGGUCCCCGUCCCCCUGCUCCUCCUCGUCCCGGCCACCCAGCCCCAGGACGCCACCCCCCUGUGAGGCGCAGGGCUAUGUGGGCAUCGAGGCCGUGCUGGACCAGGUGAAGAUCAAAGCCAUGAAGAUGGGUUUUGAGUUCAACAUCAUGGUGGUGGGGCAGAGCGGGCUGGGCAAGUCCACCAUGGUGAACACACUCUUCAGGUCCAAGAUGUGGAGGUCCAGCCUGCCCAGCCUGGGGGUGCCCACACUCCAGACGCUGCAGCUGCAGUCCAUGACCCACGUCAUCGAGGAGAAGGGCGUGAGGCUCAAGCUGACGGUGACAGACACGCCCGGCUUCGGGGACCAGAUCAACAACGACAAGUGCUGGGACCCCAUCCUGGGCUACAUCAAGGAGCAGUACGAGCGGUACCUGCAGGAGGAGAUCCUCAUCACCAGGCAGCGCCACAUCCCCGACACCCGGGUGCACUGCUGCAUCUACUUUGUGCCGCCCACCGGGCAUUGCCUGCGGCCCCUGGACAUCGAGUUCCUGCAGCGCUUGUGCCGGAUGGUGAACGUGGUGCCGGUGAUCGCCCGGGCUGACAGCCUGACCAUCGAGGAGCGAGAGGCCUUCAGGCUCAGGAUCCAGAAGGACCUGAGGACUCACUGCAUCGAGGUGUACCCCCAGAAGUGCUUUGACGAGGACAUCAACGACCGACUUCUCAACAGCAAGAUCCGGGAACGGAUCCCUUUUGCUGUGGUCGGGGCUGACCGGGAGCACCUGGUGAACGGCAGGUGUGUGCUGGGCCGGAAGACCAAAUGGGGCGUCAUUGAAGUGGAGAACAUGGCACAUUGUGAGUUUCCCCUCCUGAGAGACCUGCUCAUCCGCUCCCACCUCCAGGACCUGAAGGACAUCACGCACAACGUGCACUAUGAGAACUACCGCGUGUGCAGACUCAACGAGAGUCACGUGCUACCCCGAGGGCCCGGCUGGGUGAACCUGACCCCAGCCCCCUCCAGCUCCUCCAGCACCCCCAAACCCUCCAAGGUUCGCCUGCGGACCCACAGAAGUCAGGACAGGAAACAGAAGUAGUGAGCAGCCCUCCUCGGCGGCCCUCACCCCCACCCAGCGCACCAGAGCGCAGAUUAAAGGCCACGCUGCUUUUUGUGAAGAGCUGUGCUUGGAAAUCAAAAGGCAUUUUGUAAGCCGGCUCCUUUGAGCUGACCUCCAAUAAAAGCGUGGUUGUUUUUGUAA